UGUAGAACACAUAUUGAGACAUAUUUCUUUGCAAAUCAAACUAGAAUUUCAUUGGAACGCAAAGUAUUUCACUUAUCAUCCACUCAAUUGUUUUUGACGUGCUAAAAAUUUCAGUUUUAGCGAAAAAUAUUUUAAUUUCAUUUUGAAAGAACUUUCAAAGAAAAUCAACAAUCGAAAAUGUAUGCAAUUCAACAAUUUUAUUACGAUCCAGAACAAAGUUGCAAUAUCAUUGCGAUCCAUCCAAACGCGCACAAUCUCGGUUCGUAUACGGGAUUGCCAAGCUUUAAAAAUGUUCAAACGAAUUACCAAACAACUGAAGUACAACCACCUGUUAUACUUGGCAGGACUGGAAAACCGAAAAGAUCCCGUACUAAUUUCAACCUGGAACAGUUGAAUGAACUUGAAAAGGCUUACAAGCGUUGUAAUUAUAUGAAAGGUAAAAAUCGCGAAGAAUUUGCCAAAAGAUUGAGAGUGAAAGGGCAUAACGUGAAGGUUUGGUUCCAAAAUCGUCGUGCGAAGGACAAGCGUGAAAAUCAAACAUCAUUCAAGGCAACUGAGUCAACUGAGGCAUCUGAGGCAACUGAGACAUCUGAGGCAUCUGAGGCCAGUUCCGUUGCAUCAUUUGCACCUUAUUCGUCAAUCGCAAUAUCGCCGUCAUCGCACCUAUCUGAAAUAAUAGCGGAAGAAUUGGAAGCAGAUUUGAUGGAAUACUAUAACUUCCAAUGUGUGAAAACUGAAACCGAUACCAUUUACCGUCCCAUUUAUGGAACAUACAUUUAUAACGCAAAUAGCCAAGAAGUACCAACUAAUGAAAUUAAACUGGAAGAUGUUCAAGUCCAAAAUUUCAAUGAAUCAAAUGCAAAUAUUGAUAAUGUAAUUGAUGCUAAUUUGCAUGAUUUUAACUUCGCUCAAUUGCAAGACCAAAACCCAGAUUGGAACUAUGGACUUCUCACAACUCAAGCAAAUACAAACGUGUACAGCACCCCACCAGAAUCAUUGAACCUAAACGAUGACUUUUUAAUUAAAGAUUUGUUCAGCACCUUGUCUAAUCCUCUCGACACGAGUAACUGGAUGAUCUAUCCACCCGGGGAAACACCCGAUUUAAUUGAAAUUUAAAUCAUUUUAAUCAUAAACAAACAGCAAUGAGACGCUACGAUCCAAAGAAAUGAAUUGUACAAAUUUAAAAAAUGCGGCUUUAAUAGUGGUGAUACCGUCUUCGUUUAAUGAUUCAUAGCAUUCCUCUGCCAACUAUUCCGACUUGACAACAUUAGAUUUGAUUUUUUUUUAAAGAUAGAUUGAAUUGAGACAGCCAGUUUUUAGUGGUGCAUUGUCUUUUAUUAAUUAUAAAUUAUUAUGCAUUCUUGAAUAGAUUUUAGUCGCGUCGUACAUUUGUAUUGUUGAAAAAAGAUUUUCAAUUAUAAUAUUAAAAUUGUGCAUACAACUUA